AUGUCCUCUGUCAAGGAGCUUCUAAGCCAUAGGAAAAAGCCGUGCAUCUCACCAGAUGAGAUUAGGCCUGCGGGACUCGUUGAAUUGAAUGAAGCAUCAUUCACUGGCCAUUUUACCUCUGGUCAAGUCGAGGCUUUUACAGCAUCACAACAUCCUGAAGUUCCAGUUGUUCCUCUACCCCUCCCAUCGCUCGUCACAGGAAGCGAUGUGACCCCUGACUGUGAGGGAGAGCAGAUAGAUAAAGAAGAUGACAUGAGUUUGGCACAGUGCCGUCCUAGGCACAAGAAUUACCAGUUGCCCAUGCGGUUCAGGGACGUGCUCCCUCAGCCUCCACCAACUGUACCUUUGGAAGUUCGCAAACGGCUGCCAGAAUCUGUGGGGUCUCUCAUUGUUUCAGAACAACCUGCUUCACUAGUUAGUGCUGUAUUUCGAACCCCUCCCAAUAUUUUCGGGCUAGUAUGGCAAUACUUCUCCUCGAAGGUACCAUCCCAUGAUCCAGAGGAGUACAUCACUAUAACAGACCUCUCAUUUAUACCAGGCAGCCCUGAAGCCAUCGAAGGACCACAUGCACCUGUCGCUUCCACUAACAACUCUCAAUAUCACCCCUAUCCCAAUCGCUCAUCCUUCGAGCUUGGUGAUUGGUACUGGAAUCAUGGUUUGCAAAAGUCCCAAGGGGACUAUGAAAAACUGUUGCAGAUCUUGGGCAGCAGUACUUUCAAUGCUGCUGACAUAAGUUCCACUUGUUGGAAAAAGAUCAAUUCUCAACUGGGAACCAAUGAGUACGAUGAGGAAGAUGGAGAAGAAUGGGAGGACGAAGAUGUGGGAUGGAAAAGGACAGCCAUCACUAUCCAGGUGCCAUUUUCACGUACCGCCGAAAUACCAGGCCCACGACUUUAUGAAGCUGCACAUUUAUAUCAUCGCUCCCUUGUCGCUGUCUUGCGGGAAAAGCUUGCUAAGGCCAGAGAUGACAUGCUAUUUCAUUAUGAGCCAUAUCAACUGCGCUGGGCUCCUCGCCAUCUGGAUGGCGAAGUCUCCAUCUAUGGGGAUCUGUACACAUCCGUAGCCUUUCAUGAAGCUCACAGCGACUUGCAAGAAUCACCCAGGGAACCUGAAUGUGACUUACCCCGGGUUAUAGCUGGCCUUAUGUUUUGGUCGGACGCAAUGCAAGUCACUUCCUUUGGCAAUGCUAAACUAUGGCCUACCUAUAUGUACUUUGGUAAUGAGUCGAAGUAUCGCCACUGCAAGCCCUCAUGCAAUUUGAGCAAUCACAUUGCUUACUUUGAAAUGAACUAUGCGGUUGGUAGCGCACCUGUAGAACACAUUCUUAAGCCACAGUCGUGGGUUCCCACCUCCAAUGUAUUUUCAGACCGCCUGAGUCGUUUGGGUUUCAAUAUCUUUCAUGCGCUUGUGGUAGAUCUACUACACGAGUUUGAGAUUGGCAUUUGGAAGAUGCUCUUUAAGCACUUGUUGCGUAUCAUAUCAGCGCAUGGCAAGAGCCUUAUACAUACAUUAGACCAGAGAUAUAGGCAAAUUCCGAUGUUUGGCCCAGCUACCAUCCAAAAGUUCUCCACAAACUCUUCCAAGAUGAAACGAAUGGCGGCCCGGAAUUUUGAAGACCUCCUCCAGUGCUCGAUCCCUGUAUUCGACUGCCUUCUUCCAGAACCACACAACAGCACUGUCCUUCGGUUGUUAUAUACCAUGGCUCAUUGGCACGGGUUGGCUAAGCUCUGUUUGCACUCUGAGCCAACCUUAGAAAUAAUGGAUGAAGUAACUACAGCGGUCGGCCAUCAGUUUCGUCAUUUCAAGGCCACUGUUUGUUCCGCCUAUGAAACCCAUGAACUUCCUCAGGAGGUCAAGGCUCGUACCCAAUGUAAUGCAAAGCAGGCGGCCAAGCAACAGGGAGGACAGAAAGGGAAGCAAAGAGCGCCCCUUAUGGAGCCAGAAUCAGGAAAAUCAGGCAAGAAUAUGAAAUGA